UUAAUUUUUCUGCCUUUUUGAUUGACGCAUCUCCAGUCGUUGCUCUGUUACGCGGUUUCGGAUAAUUGAAUUGAUUUUCAAGUCUUUGGAAUUGAUUAGAAUAUUGGAAUCAUGUGCGUGCUGUAGUGCUGCCACAUAUAUGAUGCAUACGCUUGUUUACUGUUCAGUUGGUUUCUAAUUAGCUGUAUGUAGGUACAGACAACUACAUUAGCAAGAACGAUGGCCUGUUUGAUGUAUGUUCCACAGGGACGAAUAUUUUAAUGCUAGAAAGACUUUAUUACCAACAAAAAUUAGGAAGACUUUGAGGAAUAAUGCUUAAAAUAAUGAGAGUUUUGGAGGUUUUUGUUAUGUUCUGAUAAUCACAAUGUUACAUAACUUUUCCAUCUGUUCUAUUUUGUUCGUUUUAUUUUCAGUAAACUUCCUAGACAUCUUCCUUCCAUUUUUUUUAAUUUUUUUUCACUGCAACAAAAAGGCUAUAAAAACAGUGUCAGUUUCAGUUUUUGGCCUUACAUACCCUCACCUGUUGCAGUUCCAUUUCAUAUUAUAUUAGAGUUUUGAGCUUGUGAAUCUUGGAUUUUUAUGGCACUGAAACGGGAGUUUAGGGAGGAGGGUGGGGGUGGGGGUGAGGGUGAUGGUGAACUUCCUAUCAAGCGCCGCCAUUUAUUUUCCACCAUACUAACUGAUGUCAGUGAUCUACAAGAAUAUAUUCCUCACUUGGAACCCCUAAUUCGAAAAGUGGUGCAAGAAGCAGUGCAGUGUGAAUUCAACAAAUUCCGGAGAUCCACCUUGAAUCAUGUUGAGUGCUUGGGCUCAAGAACUUUGCAGCUGCAGAUCUGCAGUAACUUACCUAACAUCUUGUUUACAGGCAGUAGGGUCAUGUCUGAGGAUAGGAACCCUGUUAAAAUAAUCUUGUGUGAUCCUAUUUCGAAAGACAUCGUGACUUCUGGUCCUCAUUCUUCAGUCAAAGUGGCUGUUGUUGUUCUUGAUGGUGAUUUUUGUCCUGAUGAUCUGGAAGACUGGUCCAAGGAGGAGUUCGAUAGCAAGAUUGUACGAAACAGAGAAGGGAAACGGCCGCUGGUAUCUGGAGAGUUAACCGUUCAGUUGCAGAAUGGGGUAGGUUAUAUUGGCCAAUUGAGUUUCACGGAUAAUUCAAGUUGGAGUAGGAGUGGGAAAUUUCGUUUGGGGGCAAAAGUGUACGCCCAUGCGGAUGAAACAAACAUCAGAGAAGCCAUAAGCUGCAGUUUUAAAGUUAAAGAUCAUCGUGGAGAAUCCUAUCAGAAGCACUAUCCCCCGUCCUUGUAUGAUGAUGUAUGGAGGCUGGAUAAAAUCGCUAAAGAUGGCACAUCCCAUAAAAGUCUAGCAAAGUUUGGUAUUUCUAAUGUCCAAGAUUUACUGAGGUGCAACGAAAUAAACCCAGCCUUACUACGAUCUGCACUCUCUAAUGCCUCAUACAAGAUGCAAGAGGCAAUCAUCAGACACGCUACUACUUGUACCUUAGAUGAAAGGAGGUACAUGUAUCAGACUGCACAAGGGAUGGGGCUGUUGUUCAACUGCAUCUUCAAGGUUGUUGGAAUGACCUAUGAUGGACUCAGCUACCAUUCCAUUGAUGAUCUUAGUAUAUAUCAGAUGAAAAUGGUGGAAGAGCUGAAGACAUCUGCUUUUGCAAAUAAGGGGGAUUGGGUUUCAGUUGGUGACCAGGCAUUUGUUGGUUAUCAAACACUUUUAACCAGUGCAGCCGACAAUUCUAGCCAUCCAACCUCGGCUAUCCAGGAUGCACAUUUCCAAGUUGACAAUGAUCAACUAGAAAUGCAGAUGAACAACCAUCAUUCAAAUAUUUCCUCGCCAGAUGACUUUGAAGUGGAUCGAUAUAACAAAGGGACUAGUACCUUUGAGAUAGGGGAAUGUUCUCAAUUGCAAGAGUGCAACUUUUCAUUUACUCACAGCUUGCAAACUACAUCGAGAAGAGCGAUGGAAAAGUCGCAUGGAGGAUAUAUGUUCAAGCCUAUGGCAUGUUUUGUUGUGUCUCUAUCUCGUACAAAUUAUCACUUUCGGCUUCGCCAUUAGAGGGCCCUCUCUGCUACUUCAUUCAGAGUGUUUGGUUAGCUGUUUGUUGUUUCAGGUUUCUUCUCUACCAUCAGAAGAGGUUGUUUGAUCACUUCGACUCACAGGUUAGAUUAUAUCUUGCUAAGUUGCAAAUAAUUUGAUAAAAUGUCCGGAGUUCUGUGCAGCUCCGAAAAUGGGGUUUAGAUUAUAUGUGUUGAUUAUAUAUUAGGAGAGGGAAAGAUUUUUUGAUCUGGUAGCUCUUUAUAGUCCAAUUAGAUAUAUGGAUUUUUAAGUAUAAGAUAUGUGUAAUUGGAGCAUAACAAUAUAAUAUCAACCAAAAAUGAUCCAGGCCCAUUGCUUGCCAAAGAAAAUGUGUCGAAACUGACCAUGAUGAUUCACUUAAUUGUAACACCAUAAUGUAAUAAAAUAAAAUAUCAACCUAACGACCCCAUCACAUAUGCAUCAUUAGUUAACCCCAAAGUCCAACCCUCCCUAAAAAAGGGCCCCAAUCAUUCAAGAAUAUAUAGAGGCAAAGUAAUGAUUCAUCAAACGUGGCAAUAAUGUUUAGGAAUGAACUUGUUACUGUAAAGUCAGUUUUAUUAUUAUGAUAAUGAUGAAUAUGCCAAACAUAACUUAUUUUAUUGGUAUAAUUUGUAAGUUAUUACAUGAGUUUAUUCUAUUUGCAUAGCACCGUAAGAUCAUGGUUUCAAAUUUCAGAUAUACAGUAACUUGCCUGACAAGUCUAAUUUGCAGGGUAUUAAGUUCGAAAUAAUAAUAUAUAUCGAGGCAAUAAUGUCCCAAUCCCAUUUUAUUAAUAACAUCACAGGUCAACCACAAGGAUAUCAUUCCCCAAUAUUUACACUACCCUCCUCUCCUAUUCCUACCUUCAAAAAAUAAAAAUAAAAAGGAAUCCUAAUCUUACCCUUAACCCUAUACAUCAUCAUCAUCAACAACAAAGGUUCUUGAAUCUUGACUCUAGUUGGGAGACCUAAAUGAUAACAAUAUUGAGUAGUGGUGAAUCUGGUGAUGGGAAUGGGAAUGGGAUUUAGUUAGCAGUGAGUGUACCACAACCAUAGGAGAGAGCCAUCAAAAGCAGGGCAGCUCUCUCAACCUCACCCCAUUGGGCAGGAGCACGACUCCUGCGCAGCCGCGUCGCAGACGAUCCCUGCCCAGCAGCCUCCUCCUUUGCCGCCAUCAUCGGCCUCAACCUUUCCCUCGCCUUCAAAUCCCUACCUCUCCCACUCCCAAUCGUACUUUUCCCCUUCGGAGUCGGACGCUUAUUCCUGUACCGAAUCCCGCAAGCAUUGCACAAGGUCUGGAGUGGAUACACGACACCAGAUGAGGUGAGGAUUAGUGUUUUUUGAAAUUAGUUAGUAGCAUAAGGCAUAUGAAGGUUUUGAUUGAAGAAAUUGAAGGAUGAAAACCAGUAGGAUUGAAAAACCUUGGGGCCUGAAGGACCGCUCCUCCACAAAGGCGUCUUCGUUGUUUUGCAAAUGGAGCAGCACUUGUUCAUCUCCGCUGCUUCUGCUUCUGCUUCUGCUGCUGCUUCGAUGAUCGAUCCUUGCGGCGGCGGCGAUGACAAGCACUCGCGCUGCAAAAUCAAACAAGGCGGAUGGAUCGGAUCGAUGCUUCGGCGAGAUGAGAUGACGGAGUGCUCAGUCUCCUGAAACUCAGUUGCGUUGCAACGAAAUGAGUUGAGCUUCAUCGUGCGAGGUAACAUACCUUUUCAUCUCCCAGCUUCUCGCUAGAUUCCAUAAUUCCUCUCGAUUCCUUUCCUAAACGAUCGAGCUGCAGAAGACUAGUGAUAGAACACGGAAAUGCUGCUGAUCUCGAAUCUGAAAAUGUUUGGAAAGAAGGCUUUGCGGUUCCGUCGAAGCUAACCGCUCGGCGUCGAUGAAUCUGCCGGAGAAAUUCACAACACUCCAAAACGAUGGUGAAUUCGAGAAGGAAAAAAAUUUUAAGGGACGAAAAAAGGGAAAAGAGGAAAA